GCUAUUGUGUGCGACGACCGUAAUCGCCACUUGAAAAAAAAUGCGACUCGUAUAUUUAUCCAUUUCCAGUCAUACGCGGCCGAUUUCUGGUGACGGUUCAUUUCUCAUCCACACACGUCAUAGAAGGCACAAUGACGUACGGUUGGACGACGACCAGGCGAUGGCGCUAGUGAUUCGUGGACGGGACGAGGAAAACACACAACGUACACUAGCGGCGUUAGAGCGCACACGGAUAAAAUAUCCUGGAAAAAACGACGACGAGGCACAAGAUGUAUUAGACCACAUAAUAAAGAAUUGGAAAACCCACAAACCGAAGAUCGCAUCUUAUUGGUUGGUGAAACUGGACUCAGUGAAGCGGAAAAAGGUGAUUGACAUCGUCCGUGGGAACGUAGAAGCUAUAGUAGCCCGCGUAUGGAGGUGUAGAAACGUCGAACAUCUAAGAUUAACCAGGUUAUUCAACCGUGUGUUCAACCGAAUGCACAACGGUAGGGGACAAGGAUUGUGGAACUGUUUCACCACUUCUACCGAUUCUUGGGAAACGAAUUUCAGUAAAAGUACCGACGCAGUGAGCGAUGCAGAACUACAAUGCUGUCGUCGCAUCGUCAGGUUAAGCAAAGAUUGUCUUCUUAUAGUUUUCCACUUCGCAAAUGAAGCGAAAAGCUUUGCGGAAGAUCGGGAAAGAUCGGAAAACAUCGCGACUUUUCGGGCUAGUGUCGGAUCUCGAGGUUAUUCAAUGACGUCACAACAUGAAUUGCCCAAACGUUUUACUCGACCGCGAAGUGCUGCUUCCAUUCCCCGGCCAACUUGGGACCAAAGAUGGCGGACCGAAGCAUUAACAAGCCAACAGUAAAUUCAAGUUUUCUGUUUUUUGAAUUUUCCCAUCGCGGUAACCCGUUUUUGAUUUUUGCAUUCUAAAUCAUGAAAUAAUGGCUACUGUGACGUCAUAACACAGAACAAUGGUUUGCCUGCGUCAUCGUGACAAAUCACUCACGUGACACAAAUAUCAACUUCUUGUUAUGACGUCACAACCACAAGAUUAAUUGUUAUUGUAGUUAAUUGUGACGUCACAUUGAAUCGCGGUCAACGCGGUGCAAACGAUUUUAUAUCACGGGAAAUUCGGAAAUUUAAGGUUUCUGACGUCACAAACCUUUGUUUACCGAGCAACUUCUAUUUGUUUAAAAUAAAGCUUUUAGUUUUCAAGUUAAAAUCGAGAAAAACACAAAACAAGCCGAGUUUUAAAUCCUUUCUUCGGGUUGUUCUCCCGAGUUGACGCAGGUUGGAAUUUACUGUUAAAUUUUAAUCUUAAAUCUUUUUUGACCAACUUUUGUUAUUUUCCGAUAAUUUUAAAUCUAUUUAUUUUGUUGGUCUGGUAAAAGUAAAAAGAGCGUCACUUCCUGUUGUUAUUUACGUCAUAAUUACUUAUCGUCCGAUUACGUUUUGACUGUAUCUCUAUGACGUCAUAACGUAACAAAAUUAACGUUGCGUUACAAUCACGUAUGACGUCACAGAAGCCACGUCGCCUGGAGAUUUCUCCGUUCUCCGUGACGUCAUAGUAGCAUCAUUAUCUCGUCACAAUAUCGAUUAUUAAUCCAUUAUUUGGUAACAUGAGACGCGGAAAGUUCCAGCGGACACUUAACACACAAAUAAUGUUUCUAUGUUUGCUACCAAUUCAUCCAAAUUAUUUAUAACUUUCAUGACCUGACAAAGUACAUUAUGACGUCACAAUUCUAUAGAAUCGUUUUUUCUAAACUUCCGUACCAGUUUCCGCGACGGACGCGAAAGUCUUUGGUGUUUCAUUGUUACGUCACUUAGUUCAUUGUGCCGUAACAACCCAUGCAUUCCGAUGUUUACGCGGAAUCGUUCGGUCGUAAAAUUCUACGUCACGCUUUAUUGCUGCCCGUUACGUUACAAUACUUUAUUCUUAAUUUUUAUUGCUAAUUAUGACGUCACAGUGCAUGGCCGCGAAACGCGCGCUGGUAAUCCCCACAAUUAAACUAAUUAACCUCCUAAACUUUUAAUUAAAUAAUACUUUGACAAUUAUUUUUCUUUUGUAGCAAUCGGUCUAUUAUUUUUUGUUGUUUUAAUUUGUGUUUCUGUUUUUAAACAAACGAACCGUUUACUUUGUUUUUUUUUGUUUUCGUUCUUUAUUUUUAUGUUAUUUUUGUAUUCUUGUUUUAUUGUUGAAAAGUUUAUUUUUGUUGUUUUUAGUUUAAAAAUCUAAACGUUAAAACAUAAAACGUUUUUAUCAAAAAGUAAGUGUUUUGAAUCUGUAUUAGACAAUAAAUUUUAUAUUUAAUAUCAAA